AAGCUGCUGCACACAAAGCCCAAUCGCUGCACUCGGUACUUCACUCCUCCUGCCUGGCCCCCAGGGUCCCCAGAAGCCUGAGGUUGGGAAGGCAGGCAGGGACAGGCGCUAGGCAUCGAGUGGCCGGUCGCAUCGAACCGGAGCCGGAGGCCGAGGGCCGGAGAGGAAGGGAGAAGUGGAAAAGGGAGGGAGGAAGGGGGAGGAGGGAAGAGGAGGGAGGAGGAGGAGGCGGAGUAGGGACUGGAGGGAGUGGGGGGAAGAGGCCUCACUCCGAGGAGGGAGCAAUUGAAUUUCAAACACAAACAACUGCAUGAGCGCUCACCCACCUCCCGGGAGCUAAGGACCCCCGAUCAGCGGCCCGCACCCCUUUGCAGGAGGCGGAGAAGGAGAAGAAGCCGCGGGGAGCUGAGCCUCGGGAGCCGGGGCCGGGGGGUGGGCGCCUGUUUCAGGGCAGGGGGGAAUUGCACGAGGAAGAGGAGGGGGCCCGAGCGGCGCCUCCCCCUGUCCCCCUUCGCGGUAGCGGAGUCAAACUUCAGCUCUCUCCUUCCCCGGGCCCCCCUCCCGCUCCAGCAUUGAGUUUGGGGGAGCCACCGGAACCCCCAAGAUGUCCCGCUCCAACAGGCAGAAGGAAUACAAAUGCGGAGACCUGGUGUUCGCCAAAAUGAAGGGAUACCCUCACUGGCCGGCCCGGAUUGAUGAAAUGCCUGAGGCUGCAGUGAAGUCAACAGCCAACAAAUACCAAGUUUUUUUUUUCGGGACCCAUGAGACGGCGUUCUUGGGUCCCAAAGACCUCUUCCCAUAUGAGGAAUCCAAGGAGAAGUUUGGCAAACCCAACAAGAGGAAAGGUUUCAGCGAGGGGCUGUGGGAAAUAGAGAACAAUCCUACUGUGAAGGCCUCUGGCUACCAGCCAUCCCAGAAAAAAGGAUGCCCAGAGGACGCCGAGCCGGAUCGAGAAGUGUCAGAAGGGGAUGGGGAGAAGAAGGGGAACACAGAUGGCAGCAGUGAUGAGGAAGGGAAGCUGGUGAUUGAUGAACCUUCAAAGGAAAAGAAUGAGAAGGGAGCACUGAAGAGGCGAGCAGUGGACUCACUGGAGGACUCCCCCAAACGACUCAAGGAAACCCAGGACCCUGAGGGGGAGGGGGACGAGAAAGAAGAGCUGGCCCUGGAGGGAGAAAGAGCCCUCCCCGCGGAGGCGGAGAAGAACAGCGCCCCCUCGGAGCCAGGCCCCGGCCGGGGUUUGGUAGAAGAGGAAGAGGAGGAGGAGGAUGAAGAAGAAGAGGAAGAAGAGGAGGAGGCUGCCAAGGAGGAAGGCCCUGCCCAGGGUGUCAGAGAUCACAAGGAGAGCCUGUAGCCGACAAUGUUUCCAGAGGAGCCCCCACCCUGUUCCUGCUGCUGUCUGGGUGCUAUCGGGGAAACUGGUCAUUGCCUGCAAACUGGGAACCCCCCCUUCUCCUGCCCCCAUCCCUGAUACCCUGGCAUCGGCAGCUCUCUCUCUGUCUCUCUCUCAAUCUCUCUCUGAGUACCCCCUCCCCGCUUUCCCUCAGGCCCAGCCCGCCCCUGGUAAGGAAGGAAGAGAUCAGGGCCUGGCACUGCUGUCUCUCUCCACUCUCUCUGACUCCCCCUCCUCAGCCUCGAGCCCUUCCCCCCUGUCCCCACUGCCCCCAGCUCCGAUUUUGGGAAGACCCAGUUUUGGGGCAGGGUGCUAGCUUCUGAGGGCUCUUAUUUCAGUGGGGAGUUGGCUGGGGCUUUCCUGGACUGGCUAACUUCCUGACCUUUCCCUCGGCCUUUCCCCACCUCCACCCUCAUCCCUGGAAUGACUAAUGUGUUAGGAUGUGGGUUUUGGAAUGGGAAGGAUGGAAGAUGGGCUAAGGGAAGGGGGGGGUGCCCAAAGCCUGGGACGAGGGUACAGGACAUGAGGAAAGGGGUUGUCUUUUGGGGAGAAUAAUUUCUGCCCUCCGCCCCUCUCAUCCUCUCCGCCUCGAGAUGGUCUGCUGAUUCAGGGAAAGUCUGACAACUGGAGUGGGGUUAGGUGGGGGUAUAAAUGCUUGGUGAUUGGCCCUCAUUCCUGUGUCUGCUACCCUAGAGCAUUCUGGGAGUGACAGCUGCCCCCUUUGCUGUUUCUAGAGUCACUGCCUUGGGGCACUGAAGGUGUAGCAAGAGGUUAGGGUAGUCUUUUAGUAGGCUCUUGGAGAAGGUGGCCUGGGGAGGGUAUGGAUGUAUUUGAAAGGAAACCAUCUCCAGUGAGGGGAGAGAGUUGGCCCCUCACUGCUUUCUGUCCUCCUGCCUCUGGCAUCCCAAGCCUCCCUCCCAGGACUCAAUACCUGGGAAGAAGUUGCCCUAAUGAAAUGAGAUGGGAAAGCUGGGCACAGCUCCUCCCCUUCACUCCUCUUAUUCCCCACCCCCUGAUGCUUUAGGCCCUCCCCACAGGAAUAUUUAUCACCAAGGCAAAGAAAAAAAAAAAGUAACAUGGCAUUUUUUAGGAAACAUUUUUAAUAAAAAAAAAAUUAACAAAAAAAAUUUUAAAAGAUUCCCAAAUCCUCUGCGCCCCUCUGCCCCCUUGCCCCAUCUACCCACUUUCUCUUCCCCAUCCUCUUGUCUUUCCUGACCCUAAUUUCCCCUAUUUCCCUCUUCCCAACCCCCUUACUGCUGCACCUGGAUUUUCUGAUUUGCUGGAAAUGUAGUUGUCUUAUUUGGGGUUUUAUGACUUUCUUUUUAUAGCUGGGCUUUGGUUUCUCCUUGUGUCUCUUGUGUUUUUUCUUCCCUGGUGUCUCCUCACCUACCCCUGAGAAAUAAACCCAUUCCUCUCGCUAUUAUCACCACAAUCAAUUUGUAAUCUAUAGAGAGAACAAAAAGAGGGAAAAAAAGUCCUCUACCCUUCCCCAAUCUCUCUCUCUCUCUCUCUCUCUCUCUCUCUCUCUCUCUCUCUCUCUCUCUCUCUCUCUCUCUCUUUCUUUCUCUCUCUCUCCCCCCAUCUUUCUUUUAUACCAGCUCCCUUUCCCAACAACCUUCUCCUCCCUUCUCCCUGGGCUCUGAUGAAAAGUUGCCGACUGUAGCUUUGGAAGUUUAGCUCUAAGAACCGGUAGACAAUUUCAGUUCUAGGACAAUAAACCUGUUGAUUAUUA